AUGAGAGUGCAUGGAGACAACUUCAUGAUGGUCUUGAUUUCCACGUGCUUAACCAACUUCACUUUGAGGAACCACAUGAUAUACCUCCUAAAAGUCAAGGAGCAAACUCCUCUCCUCCAGUUGAAGUCUCGCACGCUGAAGAUGAAAAUUCCCCAGGGUCGAAUGAUAGUUACCUGGCUGCAUCAUCGAAUCAAGAGAUCCCCUCAUCACCAAUUCAACCUGCCCCACCUAACUCGAAUGAGUCGACUGCUGGAGCUAGCGAGCAUCCUGUCCCCACAGUUAAGCUUCGAUGAAGUGACAGGCAACCUCAGCUACCUCGACCUUUUGAAGGGUUUGAUGUCACUCUUCCCGCGUCGCUCUCCCAAUCAGAUCCAUCCGCUAGAACGGUUCAGCAUCCCAUUGUGA